UGGCGACUCACCGUCUGCUCAGCAAAACAUAAACAUCAGACUGAAGAAGAAGAAGAAGAAGAAGAAGAAGAAGAAGAAUAACAUUAAGAAGAAAAACAUUAAGAUGAAGAUGGAGAUGAAGAUGGAGACUCUCCUCUGAAGGGUUAGAUGUGGUCGGUCUGAAGCAGAGUUUACCCGCCGUCAGACGAACAUGGAGGAAUAACAAGGUUCUCUCUGGCUUUAAUAGUUAGCCUAGCCUAGCCUAGCUUAGCUUAGCUAGCUUAGCUCCAUGGCUUCCCCCGCCGGACUCCCCCCUCUUGGCCCGGACAGAGCCUCCUCCUCCCCCGGCUCUCACUGCGGGGCCAGGCCGCCUCACCGGCCCCCCGCGGCCCCGGUGCUUCCUCCCGGUGUGAUGGCGGAGUCGGUAGAUGACGCGGAGGGUCUGUACGUGGCGGUGGAGCGGUGUCCGCUCUGCAGCACUUCCCGCCGCAGACUCACCUGCGCCCGCUGCGUGCAGGCCGGAGACUUCACUCACCUGGACGUCAGGAACACGGAGAGGAGCACGGAGAGAUUCAUUGAAAAGUUGGAGCGACUGAAGAAGCUGAAAGAGGAAAAGGAGCAGCUGCAGCAGAGAGUGAUCGAGGCCAUGGACAGGAAGCUGCAGGCUGAUGAGAUGAAGUGGAAGAUCAUGUCGUGUAAGAUGAAGAUCGAGCAGCUGAAGGAGGCGGUCGCCUGGGGCAACGAGGAGGUGAAGAGUGAUAAGGAGGUGCUGCUGCGCUCCCAGGAGGAGAGCCAGCGGCUGCAGCGUCGUGCCGGCCGUCACCAGGAGAAACGGGAUAAGAUCGAGCGUCACAACCGUCGUCUUGGCGACCUGCAGGAGCGGCGCGGCCGUGAGCUGGCGGUCCGACUGGAGCAGCUGGCGGCGCUGCGGAGGGAACACAUCCUGGAGCUCACUACACACAUCUUCCUCACACAGGAGGAGAAGCUGGGCACCAGAGACCCCGCGGACGUGGUGGCGGAGUGCGACCCCGCGCUGACCUCCAGCACGGUGAGCGAGCUGGCCGAGGCUCGGCGCACCACCUACCUGUCGGGCCGCUGGAUCUGGGACGAUCAGAACGGAGAGACGAGCAUCAGCAUCACGGGAGCGCCCGUCACGUUGCCUAGCAACGGGGACUGCUCCGCCUACUACACCUGGGUGGAGGAGAAGAGCACCAAUCAGGGGCCAGAGUUGGACCACAUCAACCCGGCUCACACGAUCAGCGCAGCGCUUUGUUACGCAACGCAGCUCGUCACCAUCCUGUCCCACAUCCUGGACGUCAACCUGCCCAAGAAGCUCUGCAACAGUGAGUUCUGCGGAGAGAAUCUGAGCAGAUAUCGAUUCACCAGAGCGCUGAGUAAACUAAACACCAACAUCCUCCAUCUGUGCUUCUCCCAGCAUGUGGACAGUGAGAAGCUUCACCCUCAUCACACUCUGAGGAACAUCAUGUUUCUCGUUUCCCCCGACAACGACAACCUGGGCAGGACGGGUCCGUUCGAGGUGAGCGCUGACCUGGAGGAGUCGAUGGAGUUCGUGGAGCCGGAGGCGGCCGGACCGGCGGAGGAGAGCGGAGACGAGGCGGUAACGGACGAGGAGACGGACCUGGGGACGGACUGGGAGACGGUGCCCAGUCCUCGAUUCUGUGAUAUCCCAUCGCAGUCCAUGGAUCUUUCCCAGAGUGCAUUGCAGGUGUCCCAGCCCUCAGCGAAUACAGGAGGGAUGAUCUCAUCGGCCGCCGCCUCCGUUACUUCCUGGUUCCGAGCGUACACGGGCCAGCGCUGAACCGGGUCAGAGGAGGAGCGAGACUCUGAGCUGGUUUAGACUGGAUGAGGUCAGGGGUCAGAGGUCAGGGGUCAGCCAGGUAGACAGACUUUAACCUGAUUGGAUGAUCUGACCUAACUAUUGUUUUAUGUUUCCAUGGAAACAGCCGUGAGACGUUAACGAUGAAACGUUUUAAAACAUCACCAGCAGAACGUCAGCGAGCUGCCGUUAAGGUUAUUAAUUCAUAUGUUUUAUUAAUUAACAACUUUAGGCCAAUAUAGAUAUUAUAUAAAUGUUAUAGAUAUCAUUAUGAAUGAAUUCACAGCGUUGGAUCAUCAUGAUUUGUAUUUAUUUUAUUAUUAACGAACCUGAAGAUAAUUAAUAAAACAUCGAUGACAGAACGUUGAAGCACAAACAGAAUAAACCCAAAAUAUUCAGUUUCUUUAAAGCUUCGUAUAGUUAUAGUAUAAACAACCUGCUGCUGUCACAUGACUUCAAAUUCAAUAUAAAAGACGUUUAAAUGAUUUUAAAAACUUUUUGUUUAUUAAAGAUUUUAAAUUGAUUCAUUUUUUGAGUUCUUUACCCAAAGUUUACCUGCUGAUCUGAGACCAUGAAUACACUCACCUGUCUGUCUCUCUCUCUCUCUCUCUGUCUCUCUCUCUCUCUCUCUCUCUCUCUCUGUCUCUCUCUCUCUCUCUGUCUCUCUGUCUCUCUGUCUCUCUCUCUCUCUCUCUCUCUCUCUCUCUCUUUCUCUCUCUCUCUCUCUCUCUGUCUCUCUCUCUCUCUCUCUCUCUCUCUCUCUGUCUCUCUCUCUCUCUCUCU